GCAGCCUGGGCGUGGGCUGCCUGCAGUAUUUACACAGCAUUGUAAGCGACGGGUUAAUGAAUGAUCAGUCAUUGGAAAAUUUCUGGGAAAAGUGCAAGCAAGAAAAUGCAAAGUGAUAUAUUAAAUAAAUAAAUAACAGCAACAUAUCGAAGAUUAAUAAAAUAACCAUUCAGCCGCUGGAUUAUUCCAUUUGAUUCCAGCUUCCAGUGGACUGCAUCUCUUUUACUGCUCAAGACGGUGUGCAGAGAGAAGCUCUGAGGCCAGCCUGUGGAAAUGACGGAGUACAAGCUAGUGGUGGUGGGAGCUGGUGGUGUUGGGAAGAGCGCACUAACCAUCCAGCUCAUCCAGAACCACUUUGUAGACGAAUAUGAUCCAACGAUAGAGGACUCCUAUAGAAAACAGGUAGUGAUUGAUGGAGAGACGUGUUUGUUAGAUAUCUUGGACACUGCGGGUCAAGAGGAGUACAGUGCAAUGAGGGACCAGUACAUGCGGACAGGAGAGGGCUUCCUGUGUGUCUUUGCCAUUAACAACACCAAAUCCUUUGAAGACAUCCAUCAGUACAGAGAGCAGAUAAAACGAGUCAAAGACUCCGAUGACGUCCCCAUGGUGCUCGUAGGAAACAAGUGUGACCUGCCGGCGAGGACAGUGGAUACACGGCAAGCACAGGAUCUUGCCAGGAGUUAUGGGAUACCUUAUAUUGAGACAUCAGCCAAGACCAGACAGGGAGUGGAAGAUGCAUUUUACACUUUAGUCCGUGAGAUCCGGCAGCACAAACUGAGAAAGCUAAACCCGCCAGAUGAAAGUGGACAGGACUGCAUGAACUGCAAGUGUGUCGUGUCGUGAUCACGUUUUCAGGAUAUCCGAGGCAUGGCUUACCAAGCAGUGCGAAUGGACAGACCCAGAGGGAAGAUGAAAGUGUAUGUUCACGGAGGAGGAAGUCACCAGAGACUGUUUCCACUGAGCGGAUGUCUCCCAUGGAGAUUCUCCAGCUUAGAUCAUGACUGCCACACAAACACAACAAACCACUUUCUCCCAACUUACAGAGCUACAGAGCCGGAGUGUAAUCACACUUUAAAUUAUUAUUGUAUUGUCUGAACACUGGUCUUAACCUGCCUUUGGGUGCUACAUUUUGUUUUUUUAAAGUGCUGGAAAAUAGUGGUUUCUGAGUUGCUUUCCUGAAACAAGCAAUCAAUCCUAUACUGAAUAAAUCGGACAACUGGGGCAAUUGUUCAGGUUUGAAGUCCUUAUUGGGGCUUAGUGAUGAAAAAACAAAACAUUCUAAACAUCAGCAUAAGAAAUGAUCUGUAUUUAUGCCCAAAAAAGCCAUGAUCUUUUUAAUAUUCAUUGGACACAAUUUAGAUGCAGGACUUAAAGAAAUGCAUUUUUAAUGCUACAUAAUGAUCAGACCUGGUGUUAAUUACAAUUGUAAUUGCAUCAUUUGUAAAUGAUUUCAAUUACAAUGUAAUUGUAGUGAACAUUGCUACCUGUGUAAUUGUAAUUUUAAUAUAAAUACAAUAUAAUUGAUCAAUUGCAGUUCAAUUACACACCUAUCCAAGCUUAAUCAUUCACAGUUCCAUGUUGUGUUUUACAUUGACUGAACAUUCUUCUCAUAUUUUCAAUCACUUUUAGUGACCCCAUUUGUUUGAAAAUACAUUAUGUUAUAUGUUUCUGUAUUUCAACCUGCGAUUACUGCUGGGUAGAAUAAACAUGUUAAUGUGUGCAGCUAUUAUGUUACUUUU